UUCCUUAAGAAGUGUCGCUAUGUAUAUGGGCGAAAAUAAAUCAAGUUGUGGCUUUUUUCCCAACGCGAUGGGAAUGGCAGGUUUUCUGUGAAUCUUCCCGUCAAGUGGAAAUGUCUAGAAUUUAACUACUUGACCUUCCUCAAAAUUACCACUGUAUUGUCUAUCCCCCGGAUCUUUCUCUCAGUUGUCUACUUUUUCCUUAUAUUAGCCCUUCAAGUGGUUAAAUUUUAGUGUAAUUAACAGACUAGUCCACUAAAUAGUCGAUAGUUUUUACCUAUAGGUGGUAAAUGGACGUCAACAUUUUACUGAUAGAUAUGGUUCUUUAACCAUUCCGAAAAAGAGAAAGAACGUAAUUAGUGUGAGGACUAUUAAGCAUAUUUAUUCAUGAAGAAUGAUCUCUAGUUCAAACAAAGUAAUAAUGCAUACCAGGGUUUACCUGCUAUACCUAGGUCGGUUCAACGUACUCUAUGCAAUCGAGGUUAGUUUUAGUUUUAAGAAUAUUUAUUUAAUAAAAGCGGGUAACACUAUAAGGAAUUGGCGCGAUAAAGGCGUUUUAAAUGAGAAAUAGCGUCUUCACUUGGAUUUCAAAACAGAUCAGCAAUUGUAGUUUUAUAUGUGCGGUGAGACUAUAAUUUAUGGACGACCUUUGAGCGACGCUGAAGUGAUCUUGAGAGCGGACACCAAAUGAUUAGGACCUAAUAAUGGUUGUAGAACAGUCAGAAUUUUCAUAUACAGUUAAUGAUUAGGGUUUUCAUCACUAACUGACAUAAACUAUAAUGCCAAACGUGAUAAGACAUUUACAAAACGUUGGAAUAUUGAAUAUACUUAUUUCUGAAUGUGGGUGCAAAUCGACGCCGGAUUUAUUCACAGAAACAUAAGAAAAUGGAACUUUGUACCAAUCCUAGUUUAGUAAUCCCAUAUGGAUCUCAUUCUUCAGGACAGUGUGGUUAUUGUAAAAAUAGUUCUGACGACAAAAAGACUAAUUGGGGUAUGAUGGCUGAACGACUUACUGUUUCAGAUUAUCAAUAUAUGAUCGAUCGAGGAUGGCGUCGAUCAGGUACUUACUGUUAUAAACCUUUAAAUGACAUUACUUGUUGUCCAUCAUAUACUAUUCGAUGUGAUGCAUUACAUUUCCAUUUAAAGAAAUCACAUAAAAGAGUGUUGAAAAAUAUGUACAAUUUUUUAAAGUUUGGACAGUUACCUCAUGAAAAAACAUCUCAUCAAAAAGAGGAUCUUAAUAAUCUUAGAACGGAUGAUCAUCGUAUGUUUGUUCCUGAGGAAAAAUCGAUGCCUGUUUUAUCAUUUAAAAAUGUCGCCGCAGUUCAACAAAAGGAAGAGAAAACUAAAAGCCAAACAAAUAUAUAUCAAACAGAUUGUUUCGGCGAUAAAAUAUCAUCAUCAACAGAAAACGCCCCUAGUACACCACAUUAUACAUUAAAUACAUCAAAUGAUAGUAAUAAUAAUAAUGUGGAAUUUCAAAGUAUUCAUUCAGGUGAUAAAAUUCAAAGUUCAUCGUCGCAUGGAAGUCACAAAAUGAAAGCUCAUCUUCGUCGUUGGAUAGCUAAACAAGAACAUUUGCGUCAUAGAAGCCUAAAAGAAAAUCGUUCAUUUGAAAUUUUACUUCAGGAAUACUAUGAAAGACGUCAGAAACGUCUAGAUAAAAAUAAACCAAAGCAAGUCGAAGAUUUUCUACAAUCUGAACCAAACAAAGGAGAAGGAAAGCACUUUAUCGAAAUUCGUUUAAUACGUACAUCUUCACCAACAGAUAACGAUUAUGAAUCUCGUAUAAAAUUAUCUCAUAGAAUUUAUGAACAAUAUCAAAUUCAUAUACAUAAAGAUGAGAAAGAAGAUUGUACUUGGGAGAAAUUUCAACGUUUCUUAGUUAAAUCUCCAUUAGUAUUGGACGAUUUUGAAUGGAAUUCAACUUCACCAAUGUUUGGUUCUUAUCAUCAACAAUAUUGGCUUGAUGGUGAAAAAUUAAUUGCUGUCGGUGUUAUCGAUCUACUUCCACGAUGUCUUUCAUCUGUUUAUGUUUUCUAUGAUCCGAACUAUUCAUUUCUUCAUCUUGGUACAUAUACUGCUUUACGUGAAAUUGCAUUUGUUCGUUAUUUAUCUAAUACUUAUGGUUUAAAUUCAAUUCAAUCCGAUGUAUUAUAUCAAAAUUUUAAUUCAUAUUAUAUGGGUUAUUAUAUUCAUUCAUGUUGUAAAAUGUCAUAUAAAUCACAAUAUGGUCCUGCUUAUUUAGCAUGUUCUGAAACCUAUAAUUGGAUACCUAUUAAUCAUUGUAUACAAUUAUUAAAUCAAUUAAAGUUAAAUAAUCAUUAUACAAGAUUUUCAUCUCUAUCUUCAAUUGAUAUAAAUUCAAUUCCUGUUACUAUGGAUAUAGAUACAUUAGAUUCACAUAUUUAUUUUUAUAUAAAGUAUAAUGAUAAUACAUCAUCAUUGUCGUCGUCGUCGUCAUCGUCAUCGUCGAAGACAAUCAGUAGUAAAGAAGAUUUCAUGAAUCAUACACCAGUAUCUCUUUAUAAUUUACGUUCAUAUUUAAAUAAACAAGUUAUUCCUAUAUUUCGUGAAUGGGCUAAAUUAUUAGGUAAACGUGUAUUAUCUGGACACUUUCAAAUUAUUAUACAUUCAAAUUAAUAAUAAUAAUAAUAUGGUGAUGAUGAUGAUAAUGGUUACCAUGGUGAUCACAAUUAAUGUGGAGAAUAAAUAGACAAUAAUACUUGGUAAGGAUUAUGUUUGAUAAUUAUUUAUUUAUUAUUAUUAUUAUUGUUGCUACUUAAUUAAUAUUUUUUUAUCGCUGAACUGAUGUCAUUUCCCCACCCCACCCCACGCUACGCCACCCUACACCCCGAAAAAAAUAACGAUCAUCAUUAUUCAUGAAAAAAGAAACCAGGCAUUUUUGGCAAUAUAAUUAUGUUAUUGUGUUUCAUUUUAAAACGAUAUCCAUUUUUUCUUUGUAAACUAAUUCAUACAUAUACCGCGGUCUAUAUCAACAAUAGUAGUAGUUAAUGAAUCACUUAAAGAAGUGUAAAUGAUAUUGUAGCGUAUAUACUACUGAUAUCGAUAGAUAUAAGUAGUAGGUAUCAUCAAUAGACAGUGAAAUACUUGAUGGCAGAUGGUUAAGAAGAGAACAAGAACAGAGAAUGAUUGAUAUGGAAAUGAAGUUUGAGACGAUUAAUUGACAUUUUACAAAUAAAGUAUUUAUUGUAUGGUUCUUAGAUUCUGUAAUUUUAUAUUCAAAUACAUUUGGUUGUUCCUAUUUGUGUUCUCGUUCAUUACAAUAGAAGUAUUUACAGUACGAGAUUGUUUUGAAUGUUAUACGUGAUUAUUCAAUGGUGAAACACGUCAAAUAAAUAAUUAAGUUAACAUAUGUACUAUCUCUUUUUUACGAUAUACGAUUAAAUAAAUCCGUUGGUGGAUACGGAAGAUUCUUACGUUAUUUAUUUAUUUAUUUUAACACUUAGAUAUUGGUACAAGGAGGCAUCAAAUACAUAUGCGCCACAUAAAUCAUUCGA